AUGUAUUACUUGGACACUCAGCGUACUGUAACGCGCAGAGAGAGUUCUCUUAUCACGGCAAGGAGGUACUCACAGGAUGAAAGAUACGACUUCGAUACGGUAUCGACAGCUCGCGGCGGCCACUCCACUAUUCAACUAAACAGCGAGUCCAACAUCUCCCUCGUCACUCGCCCAAUAGGCUCCGUAGAGAAAGAACUCGUAACACUCAUGUUCGAAGGCAUGCUCCCAGCCAUCAUAAGCUCGUGGACCGUCAUACAUGAACAAAAAGCUGAAGAUAGUUAUGGCCAUAUGGGGAAAACACCGAGCGAUGUCACCGUUACCGGCGGCAAGAAGAAGAAAACUUCCAGUGAGUCUACUACAAAAUCAACGAAAAGUCGCUCGAAAUUGGACAUUGGUGAAAGUGGUCAGACUGAUCCGAUGACUAUAGUAUGGUGGUCGGGACUAGACGAAAAAGUCGUUAUUCGCUUUAAAAAUGGUAAUAAGUAUGAAGGUAAAAUAUCUUACAAGUGUAUGCAUGGGGAGGGACGCUUCCAGUGGGCCGAUGGAACUAUUUACUUGGGAGACUUUAAGAACAACGAGAUAAAUGGUAAAGGCAUUAUGCAAUGGAAGAACGAUUCCUGGUACCAAGGAGAAUUUGCUGGUAACCUGCGCCAUGGGCACGGCCUGUUCGUUGACUCGCGCACCCAGAGAUCCUACCAUGGUGGUUGGCACUGUGGCACUAAACAUGGGAAAGGAACCAUGCACUACCAUUUCAAGAAAAGCUACUAUGAUGGAGAUUGGGUCCAUAAUGUGCGUCACGGAUUCGGUUCCCGAGAAUAUUGCCAGAUGAGCGGGUACCAAGGCGAGUGGGAUCGUUACGUGAGGGAUGGGAAAGGACUGAUGAUAUGGCCGAACCAUGAUUUUUACAAAGGCGAAUGGAAAAAUGGAAUUAUGUCCGGCUACGGCACAUAUAUUUGGGACGCGUAUUAUAACAAUUCUUUGUCCUUGCCAUCGAUCAACAUGUAUCGAGGUCGUUGGUUUAAAGGGGAGCGUAACGGAUAUGGCGUUUUGCACCUGGGAUUAGGCUUGGGGUCUCAUUACAAAGGCGAAUUUAAAGACAAUAAGAAAAGUGGAUCUGGCAAAUUUAUCACUAACAAUGGAUACAUACUUAAGGGGAAGAAGUUGUUUGUCGAUGACAGCAUGGGCCUUGUAGAGUGCGACGAAAAACCAUCUCGUCUAGAAUGCAGCAACAAGCGAACACACGGACACGUUCACGAACCGUACGACUUCAACAUCUGCGACAGCACUGCAGGUCUCAAAUACCACGUCGUAGAUACACUUAAAAAUCUCGACAGACAUGUACAAAUACGUGCAGAGAUAAUAAAUGAAUAUAUAGAAAAUAACAAAUAUUGUGAAUCUGAUUUUAAUUCGUCUUUGAUCAGCAUUGAUAGAGUAAGCGCUGGAAUAGACGACGACUUGAUUGAAUUUGAAGUAAACGCAUUAAGAAAGGCAGUGCGAUGUUAUGAAAAUAAAUUGAAAGAAAUUUACUAUAUAUAUGCAACUAUAUGCAAUACUGAAGAAAUCAAUUUUACCCCCAUACUUAUACGCAUGUUUUUGUGGCAAUUUUACUAUGAUUGUGACAUACACGAGAAAGGUAUGACGUUGGCGCAGAUUAAUGACUUAUACAGCCAGAAUCCUGAAUGGCUGGCUAAGACGCCGCAUGGGCCAUUCGAAAGAGUAUAUCUUUGGCAAUUUCUGCACAGUCUUAUAUCGGUAGCUUGUUAUUUGCACGCUAAAACGUAUCUGCCUGGACCUAGACCGGAAACAAUUCUAGCUAACGCAUUUAGAUGUUUUAUGGACAAUGACGCUAUACCGAGCAUGGGACUGUGUAAAGGUCAUCUUACACAAAGCUUUGGGUUAUUCUUGCCGUUGAAGGCGUUAUAUAAACUAUACCGCAAGUUAGGCGAGCCACACACGGUGCGAGAUUUCUUGUGUGCUGUGCGAGAGCCGCCUCACCUUUAUAUGUCAAAUCCACAGCCGGAACUAGUGGACGCCCCCGAUGAAGCCUUGCCUCUCGGUCGCAACAUCUACAUCUUCGCAGACGACAUAUUCUUCGUCAUGCGUAAAUAUAUUAAGACGGAACCGUUACGUAAGAAAAACGCAGCAUAUGUGCCACAUGACAAAUUGCACCUAUUCAAUUUUGGUAAUUUAUCGAGCAAAACCAUUAUAAAAAUAUUCGCUAACAUAUUCCCAAAACUUUGCGACGGUGAUAAAAUAAUGGAUUUGGAUAUAAAAAUUACGUUUUUCGAAUUUUACGAAACAUUUAUUAUUUGUACUGAAGAGAGCAAUCGUGUCAGGGAAGAGGAGUUGCAUUGGAGAGAGCUGUUUGAAGAAAACGCCGCUGCCCAGCUGGUCACACCUCCCCGCAAACAGACUAAAACAACAGCGCAAAUGUAA